AUGGCUGUUGAAGUGUCGAAAGCCGGCGGAAUUGGGUUCAUAGGCGCAGGAACAGAUGUCUCAGACCUAGAAUCCCACGUCCGCCACGCACAGGAACUACUCAAAAGCACCACGUUACAAACACGGAAUGGCACCUUACCAAUCGGUAUCGGAUUUAUCAACUGGGGAGCGAACCUCGAGAUGGCUAUCCCCAUUAUCGCCCGACACCGACCUGCAGCAGUUUGGUUCUUCGCUCCUUCCUCCAUAAUCUCACUCAUGCAGUGGACAGAAAAGAGUAGAACCGCUUCCCCAGAAACGAAGAUCUGGGUCCAAGUAGGCAGUGUGACAGAAGCUGUCGAAGUAGUCAAACAAGUGCAACCAGACGUCCUCGUUGUGCAAGGAACAGAUGCAGGAGGCCAUGGCUUAGUAAAAGGGGCAAGUAUCGUAACGCUGUUACCAGAAGUCAAGGACACAUUGGAAGAAUAUUUCCAGAAAAUUCAAACCCAGCCAAAACCCAUCCUUAUAGCCGCAGGAGGAAUUUCCGACUCCCGCACCUUCGCCGCCGCCCUGACCCUCGGCGCCUCAGGUUGCAUCUUAGGAACGCGUCUACUUGCCACGCCUGAAGCCAACAUAACCCAGGGCUAUCGCUCCGCCGUCCUACGCACCACCGACGGCGGCCAAAGCACUGUUCGCACCAAAGUUUACGACUCGCUACGUGGCACAAAUUGGGCUGAGACACACAAUGCGCGCGGGAUCAUUACGCAGAGCUAUGUGGAUGCAGUGGAGAAGGGGAUGAGUCAAGAGGAGAAUACAAGGCUGUACAAAGAGGAGAUGGAAAGGGGGGAUGAGGGGUGGAGGCAGGAUGGAGGGAGAAUGACGGCGUAUGCUGGGAGUGGGGUGGGGUUGGUUCGGAAGGUCAUGCCAGCUGGUGAUGUGAUUAGAGAGGUUAGAGAUGGGGUUGUGGGCGUGUUGGAGAGGGUGGAGAGGAGGGCGAGGAUAUAG